AAGAAUUUAGCCAGGCUACUGUUCCCGUUGUUUACAUUGCAAAAUGUGAAACUGAAGUUGUGUGGGCUGGAGGUGGAGACGAACUGAAAAGGUUUCGGGAAUGUAAGCUGCUGCGCUGUAGUCCGCCAGGAAAUGGACGAGAUAAGUCCUCUGUUGGGCAACCAGCCACAUGGCUCGGACCUUCCGUCUCCGAACCUGAGGCCGAGACACCAGGAACUGAUCCUGACACCAUGUGGCCCGAUAAAGCGCUGGUCGGAGCUGCCGCGCCUGCUGCAGGUCUAUUUCUGCUUCGCCAUACUGUCUCUGCUGGCGCUGCUCGGCCUCACCGUGUCCAGCCUCUACAAGCAGCACACGGACACGGACGUGUCCGACGAGGACAACUUCACUGUGUCGCUGAUCCAGCUAGUUGGAAUAGUGUUCUGCAUCUACUACAUCAUCCGCGGCGUGCUGCAGGAGAACCGACAGGAGCUGGUGGCGUUCGUGCUCAGCGUGCUGGUAGUGAUGAUUCGGUCGGUGGUCAACUUCUCCGUGCUGGGUACGAAAGGCCAACAGGAGCUGCUGGUGCGUUUCGUGUGCAUCGUCACCCUGGGCGUCGUGCACAUCUUUUGCACCACGCUGCUCAUCCGGAGACCGAACAUGAUGGCGUUCCGUGUGGGCGGAGCCUUGGAGUGCCUUCAAGAGCAGUAUUUCCUGCUAAACCUGUGUUUCUCCAUGGUGACCUUUGACCUGCAGGCUCAGUUGUGCCUGUGUGCCCUGAUCUUAACAACGAGCCUGGCCGCGACUGGGGCCAACAACAUAAUCGUGGGUGUCGGAGUGUUCUGGGCCAUCCUGACUACAGUUGUGGGCGCUGUUGCGGUUUUAAAGGAAAAGAAAGUUUUGGUUUGGAUCUUUAUGGUGCAGAACGUUCCUCAGGUGGCAUUCUUUGUGUAUCUGAUGUACACGGUGGCAGAGAAAUGGUUCGAGGACACUACGUACACAGUGGAGGCAGCUGCUAUAACCGGGGCUUUGAUUUCACUGGUGAUCAAAGUGGUUUUAUUCUGGGGCCUCAUCAGACUGGUACACAGCUUUGGACAAGGCCUGAGAGAGAGAAUGUUUGCACAUAACAGGUGAUAAAACAUCAGGACCAAGGAAACAGCUGCACGCUGUGGGCUUAAAGCACCGUGCUGCUGACCGCGAAGCUCACAUUUGUAUUCAGCAUCAAGUGUGCCAAAAUCAUCACUCAGCAUUGUUUUAUUUUUCCAUGUUCUGUAUACUGUAAGAAUGUUAAUGUGUUUCUGGCUUCAGCGGCGUCCCUGUUUACAGAAUUUAAAUGAAUUCUCAGGGGUUUUUUGGGGUUUUUUU